GAAGGAGGCGCGGUUUUCUCGAGAUCCCGUGGGUUGAACCUCGCUACACGUGAGCUUGGUGUGCUUCUUUUAGAAGAAGACAGUUUCGUGUUGGUCCAAUCUUCCCGUGCGGAGAUGAUGCUCACGGCCUUCGAUGCUCCUGCUCCUCCGCAUCUGGACAUCAGCAUUACUUCCCUUCUCUGAGCCCACAUCCCCUUUGCUCUCUUUCCUCUCAGCCGACCCGUUUGUUCGAAGCCGAUUGCAGAUUCAUCGACACCGCCCUUGUGCCCGGCCCCUGUGCGUGACAAGCAGCAGUAGCAACAGCAGCCCAGCCGUCAUGCCGAGUGGGAGCUUGCCGUACGGCCUGCAGAGUGAGGAUGUGACGUAUCUGAGGGGCCUGCUGGAGCGGAAUGGCGGGGCCAUGUCGCGCACUCAGCUCGUCAGGGAGCUCAAGAGCACGCCACAAGGACUUAGUGAGCGAGGGAGGAAUCGGUGGAGAGGGAAAUGCAAUGGAAGUGCGUGUGUUCGUCGGUGUGUCUGGUGCAGCGCUGUAUCAGCGGAUGAAGCCACUCACGCAUUUCUUCCGUGCGUAUGCGUCUGACUUCGUCCACGUCAAGUACAAGAACACCUGGGCAGUCGCCAUCAACGAGAUGGUGAGAUUCGUCGCACCUAGACCAGGGCAGAUCAGCCGCGUAUCGUGCCUGACAGGGUCUUGACGCGACCGGCGGCGCUGCCUCUGAGGAGUCCCUGGAGUUCCAGUCGUGGUUCAACCAUCCUGCACUCGAACAAAGGUCAGCCACCACCACCCAUAGAGACCUCGACUGAUUGGUGUAUAUGUGCCUUUGUCCGUGAGUGUGUGUACAGUCUAUCUCGCGCGUUAAACGAGAGCAAGGAACCGUUGGGUCGCCUGGAGUCGCAGCUUGGGCCGCUGCCCCCCCUCAUGCAGGCGGCGCAGCAGAGGCUCCUCGAGGGCGGCACACAGGACCUCAGGUGACACCAAUGCUACUGAUGGACAGACAGACAGACGGACGGACGGACGGAUGCAUGUGUGUGUGUGUCUGGUUUGUCUUGCCUUCAUGCAGCACGCCCUACGUCAAGUUUCCUGGAUCGAUCAGUCCAGAUGAGUUGGCGGCAGUGCGCGAGAAGAUCCACCAAAACGCAAUGCUGCCAGAGGUGAGAGAGUGAAACCAUGGCUUCGCGCAGGCAUCCCAGACGUCAGGUAGGUGCAUGUCAUGUAGGUGCUGCGCUUCGCAGAGUGGCGUAAAGGUCUGCCGUGCACCGAUUUUGCCAAGGAAACGGUGCAGGCAGUGCGUGAGCACAACGUGACGAUUGUGGUUGGCGACACGGGCUGCGGCAAGACCACACAGGUGCCGCAGCAGAUUCUAGAUGACGCCUACGACCGAGGCGAGUACGCCGCCGUCAUCUGCACGCAGCCUAGACGGUAGGUAGUUGGCUGACGCCACAACAUCGACGCCACACGGUAGGUAUUUGCGUCGAUGUUGUGUUUGCGCGUGUGUUGUCCAGGAUAGCGGCGACGAGUGUGGCAGAGCGUGUGUGCAGCGAGCGAGGGCUGCGUGUGGGCGAGGACGUGGUGGGGUAUCAGAUUCGGUUCGACUGCAAGGCCAACGAGAAGACGAGGCUGCUCUACUGCACCCAGGGGAUACUACUCAGACGUCUCCUGCAGGUGGGUCGGUCAUUCAGGAGAAUUCGGCAGAGAGAGAAAAUGUGUGUGCGCGGUGGGUGCAUAGGCCCCGAUGCUGACGGGCGUGACUCAUGUGGUGGUGGAUGAGGUGCACGAGCGGGAGGUCUACACCGACUUCUGCCUCACCAUACUCAGGUGUGCAGCGCCAGCAAAUAGACACAGGCAGACAUGCAGCACAGCUUUCCCCUCUCUGUGUGUGCAGGCGGAUGUUGCUGACGACCCGCCCCGACCUGAAGGUGGUGCUGAUGUCGGCCACCAUCGACCCCACCAUCUUCGAGCAGUACUUCCUCGACCAGACACUUUCUCUCAAGACACUCUACAUUCCGGGGAGAGUCUUCCCUGUCAAGGUCAGCAGCAAAAGGAUAUCAUGCAGCACGGGCAUUGCGUAUUUGUUUGUCGUUUGGUGUGCGUGUGUGUGUGUGUGUAGGAGCAUUACUAUGAGGACAUCCUGCUCGAGACGGGUUACAGACCUGAGAGCGCCGCCAUGCAGCACUUCCACGGCGGGAGGGGCCGUGGCAGAGGGCGCGGUGGUGGACGGCAGUGGGGCAGCCGCAAGUUCAGGCAGCAGAUGAUGCAGGACAAACAGAUACAGAUACAAAUGCAGAAAAACGACCACAAAGUACACCAGGUAAGGCACCCUGACAAAACACACACACCCGUGCCAGCGUGCCAUCCCUCUCUCUCUGUGUGUCAGCUACGUGACCGCUAUCCGCAGUACCCGGACGACAUUCUGCAGGCCAUGCUGGCCUUCGACGCCACCAACGCCAUCGCCAGUGGCCGCAUCGACUUCCCCCUCAUCGCACGAAUCCUCGCCCUCAUCGAGACCAACAAGUUCGACCCAGUCAAGCCCGAUGGCACAGUGGACAAGGGUGCGGUGCUGGUGUUCCUCCCCGGCUGGGCGGAGAUACAAAAGGCACAGGACACAAUCACUGACAACCCUGCGUGAGUCAAGGAGGGAGGAGGGAGGAGGGAGAGAGGUUCAGGCUCACCAUUGCACGUGUGUUUGUGUGUGUGGGUGUGGACGUGUCAGGUUGAGUGGUCUUCAGGUGAUGCCUCUGCAUUCGAUGGUGCCCCCCCAGCAGCAGCAGGAGGUCUUCAGGCGGCCUACAAACGGCCGCCGCAAAGUGGUCCUCGCCACAAACAUCGCCGAGACAUCCAUCACCAUUGAGGUACAUACCAGUUCACCAACCCUCCCUCGGCCACCCGCCAUUUCUGUCGUCUGUUUGUUGCGGUUAGGACGUUGUGUACGUCAUUGACACGGGCGUCAUCAAGUGCACCACGUACGACCCCGCCACCGGCUUCAGCACACUGGGCAUCGUUGAAGAGGCGCGAGCCAACGCCAAGCAGCGGAAGGGCCGCGCCGGCAGAUGCCGAGAGGGCGUCUACUUCGCACUUUACACCAAGUAAGCCGCCGCAGAGAAUAUCUGUGGAUGCGUCACACACUUUGCUGUGUUGCGGCGUGGUGUCUGUCGUUUCAGAGACCACAAGGAUCAGCGCAUGUGUGAGGAAUUGGAACCCGAGAUGCGGCGUACAUCGAUGGAGGAGAUCGUGCUGCAGGUCAAGAUGCUGCAGCUGGUCCAGCCCACACAGCCAUCCGCCGCAUUCCUCAACGAAUGCAUCUCGCCGCCCACUGAAGACGUACGCAGUGCACAAAAGCAUCUUAUCCACCCAUUCUCCUUUCAACACGCAAGUGUGUGCCCCGCCUUGCAGGUAUUGUACAAUGCCGUUCACCACCUCAAAUCGCUCGGCGCCCUUGACACGUCGUGCCCAGAAACGGAGGAGACCCUCACCCCUCUGGGAGUCCUCUUGGGCACGGUGCCCCUGCACCCGCAGUUGGGGCUGACCCUCACCAUGGGGCUGCUGGCUGGGAUCAUGCCCACAUGCACCGACCUGGCGGCCAUCCUUGGGUGGACGACCCCCUUCACGAUGCCCCCACCCGGGCGGGAGGUGUUCGCCGACCAGGCACGGUGGAAUCUGGCCGGGGGCGUCCUCAGUGAUCACGUCGCCUAUAAGUGAGUGCUGGUGGGAAGGAGGAGGAUGUGGGCGCCUUCUCCAUUUGUGUGUAUUGGUUGAUUUGUUGGUUGGUUGGCUGGCUGGUCGUUGCAGGCGUCUGUUGGAGAGUUGGAAGGAGUGGGGCAGCCAGAAUGUGGGCUACUUCUGCAGAGAGUUCUUCGUCUCCUCGACAAACCUCAGGUGACCCCCGCCCCCACACACACUCCGUGACGCUCAUCAGCACCAAUCCAUCUGCGUGCAUCUGGCUGCUCAGAGGUGCCCGCUCCUUGUCGAACCAGCUGGACGACACUUUCCGCAGGAUGGCUCCCUACCUCUGGUCCACAUCAAGCAACCCCUCACAGCGAUCAUUCAGCAACCGCAACGAGCAGCCCAACCAACGAAACAUCGACCCCAGACAGCGUGACUUGCCGAUGCGGCUUCCCUCACCCAACGAGCUGCUGCUGUCGUCGGUGCUGUGCAAGGCCCUGUUCGUGAGUGCGUGUCGGACUCACGUGAGCAGCAAGAAGCGCUACAACGUGGUGGGGCUGUACUCAGCCCAGCGGCAGAAGCUCGAGUGUCACCCGUCCAGCGUGUGUGGGGGCAAGAGGAGCCAGGAGAUGCCCCACUGCUUCGUCACGGUGGGAUUUGAGGUGCUCAAGUCGUCCAAGGCAUUUCUCAGAGACGUGACGGUCGUCAGCCCCGCCCUGUACGGGCUCACCUCUGCUGGUGAGAGGCGCAGAGAUGAGAUGAACCCAUGUUGGCAUGGACUAUGUGUGUCCAUCUGUCUGUGGCCAGGUCUGACCAAGGAGAAGCCCGAUCGCAUCCGUCUGGACAUGGUGGGCAUCCCCGUCCCCAUCCGCGGGCAGCCGGCCUUCUUCACCCAACAGAUCCGCCGCGCACUCGACCGGCUCAUCAAUUACUUCAUCAUGCUGCUCAUCUCCCCACAGCUCAUUAAGGGAGCCGUCCACGCGCCCAUCCAUGACGAUACCCAGAUGGCGUCAUCAGCCCCACCAGUCGCACCCACUUGCCCUCUCGUCAAGGUCGGCUCCCUGACCGAGGCUGACCGCGCUCAGGCCAGCAAGACCAUCGCCGAUGCCUUUGAUGCGAUCGCCCGCCAUGCCUUCAUGGUGAUGCACCCGAAGGGCCGCAGACCAGAUCGCGAUCUGGUGGAUGACGACGUGAUGAUGAUGCCCGGCAAGGACGACAGGAACCAGCGGGGCAAGAGGGGCCGGCGGGGCAGCCGCGAGGACCGGCGGCAGUCGAGGGGAGGGGAUGGCGCCGGGCUCACUGACGAGCAGAAGGAGCUGCUCGACCUUGCGCACCGAGAGCGGCGCUACAGGCACAAGCCACACGGCGACUUGGGCGACUUUGACGACGAGGAGAACGAAGACGACGACGACAGAGAUCUGGAGCCCAUCUGGUGGAAGUUCGCUGCGCGGGGUCGCGCGCGCAAGUAUGGCCAGCAGAGCUAUCGGGGGCACAUGCGAGGCGGGCGGGGGAGAGGCCGUGGGAGGGGGAGGGGCAAUGGGGGGAUGCGACUCGACGAGUAUGGCGAAGGAGAUGGAGGCAUGGACGAUUUCGAGCUGCAAGAGGACUUCGCCGAGGACGGGUCGCCCUCAUCCAGCAGGAUGUACCGGUGAGCAGACGACAUCACGACACAAAGCCAGCACCCCACACAGGUUGUGACUGUAUGUUCUUCUCUUCUCUCUCUUCACUUCACCAGCCAUCGUCGGCAGCGGCAGAGUCUGGAUGCGCCUGACAGCUCGCCGGGCCCCAUGUUAGUGGAGCGUCCCUCUACGAGCGACGGUGUGAGCCGCUCGAGGCCGGCAUCGGGUGUUGACGAGCCAGACGAGGAUGAAGAGGAAGAAGACGAGGGCGAGGAGGAGGAAGAUGAGGAAGCCGGUGAUGUGUUCUGGUAGAUAAAUAGAUAGCUGGAUCAUGUGAUGGCAUUAUAGCUGGAGAGUGUGCGUGCCGGUUUUGUGACUCGUCGGUAUGCAUGCCGCAAUUUUCGUCAAACCAUCGCCUAAACUGUCUCAGUGCUGCUGCUCGAUGCGUGAAUUUGUGGAUUUGCCAUCACGCCUUGGCACAAUGGAUUCGAUCCACUCCCAUCUGCGAGCUAUUAAUCGCAGAUCUGAGCCGAGGGAGGCGUUUCCAGGCUAUCGCCGAUGCUAACGCAGCGAUGAACUGUAUCGUGACGAAGAUCUCGUCAUCAUCGCAUCGAUGACGAAUCACGCCGAGGAGCAGGAGCUGGAGGUCGAAGCUCUCGAGUCCAUCUUCCUCGAUGACUUCGAGAAGAUCUCAGCCACCGAGUUCUACCUGCACCUGGUCCCUGACCCGAGCGCACCGCCAGAAGAGAACCACGUCAAGGCGACGCUGCACGUCACCUACACGCCCACGUACCCCGACGACCCCCCCUGCUACUCUAUCAAGGCGCAGAAGGGCCUGGAGGGGCGGCAGAUACAGGCCAUGAAGGACCUGGUGGAGCAGGAGAUCGACAACAACCGUGGCAUGGUCAUGAUCUACACCAUCGCCGAGGCGCUGCAGAACUACCUGAGGGAGAACAACAAGCCGCAGCUAUCCAUGCAUGAGGAGAUGCUGCUCAGGAAGACGGGCGAUGACGCAGAUGCCGAUAAGGAGAACGGCCCGACCGACACGGCAGAUGGGGAGGGACCUCAGCCCGAGUUCAAGGGCCUGGCGGACAAGGUGCUGUGUCGGCCGGAUGAGCGCGUCACCGACGAGCAGUUCGCGACGUGGAAGGCAUCGUUCAAGCAGGAGAUGGUGGCUCUGGGCUACUGGAAGGUCGACACCAAGGCCGACCGGCUGACGGGCAAGCAGCUGUUUGAGAGUGAUGCCACUCUCAAGGAUUUCGACGAGGAGCUUCCCGAGGAGGAUGACCCCAACGACAUCCGCAAGCAGGUCUUCAAUGAGAGCGUCUUUGAUGAGGAAGACGAGCUCAAUGAAGAUGACUUGCUAGAGGACGACUGAAAGAAUGGCUGAUGUCGAUGUGGUGCACUGAGUGUUUCCAGUGCUUGCCUUCAUUCCUGUCGGAUUUUGUUUCGAUUGAGCUUUUGAGACUGCAAAUAUAUGCGAUACGUUCUUGAACAAAUAUGAUG